UCAACAAGUGCGCACAUUAUGGAAUGGCCGUGGGACAAAUGGCCACUAGCGCCUGAAGACACGUGUUCGAGUUCCUGUGAAGAGCAUAAACAGCGACCGGCGCCAAAACCGCCCGAUCCAGGCGGACCUGCGCACGCGCAGCCUUAUCCAAAUCAAAGUUUACCCUACCCGUUUUACUCACCGACCGCGAUGGACCCUCCGCCACCCCCCGACAACUUUCCAACCCUUAAAGGGGAAACGCCAAGGGAGUUAAGAAACAAAGCUGAGAAGCAGCGACGUGACAAAUUAACCAAAUCCAUAAAUGAACUAAGCAAAAUCGUGCCACCUGUGCUUGCUAUGAACCGCAAGGUUGACAAGACAAGCGUCCUCAGACUUACAGCACACUACUUGAGAUCACAUCAGUAUGUGUUUGGCGACUCUAUAAAUUCACCGAAUCAGUUCGGGGAAUCAUCGAUUGAAGCUUUGAUGUCUUUUCUGAACGGAUUCAUAAUAACUACAACGUAUAAAGGCUUGGUUGUGGUUGUUUCUCCAAACAUCCAGAAAUAUAUUGGAUAUACUGAGUUGGACCUAAUCGGUCAUAAUAUUAUAAAUAUCAUCCAUGAAGAGGAUCAACAAAUGAUGUUGAACCAGUUAAUGCCAAAAAGCUUCCUCGUGGGGUCUAAUGACGAAAUACUUUUUCCCGAUGACAUGGAGUCUAAAGAAAAAGUCGCAGAAGCCCUCGCAAAUGAACGGAGAAGUUUUAAUGUCAGGUUCAAAAAGAAUGGUCAACGCUCCCAGCCACACAAAUACGUCAACUGUCAUAUUCAAGGAUCGUUCAGGAAAUCAGACAGAGCGAGUAUGAACAACAGUCGCCAUAAUCAAAUAUUGAGACGUCUUAGAUCAAGAUGCCCGAACUGGUCUACGAGCGGAAACGAUGCGGUGUUUGUCGGCCUUGUGCAACCUACGUAUGAAACAUUUGAAACAGAGAGUAAACUAGAUUCAUGCCUUAUGGAGUAUCGCACGCGGCAUUCUAUAGACGGCGAGAUCAUAAGCUGCGAUUCUAGAAUAUCCAUCGCUACAGGCUAUAUGGCAAACGAAGUCAAAGGAGUCAACGCAAUGAACUUCAUGCAUCGGGAUGACGUCCGAUGGGUUAUAGUAGCGUUGAGAGAAAUGUACGACCAGCAUCGUUUGUCGGGGGAAUCUUGUUAUCGUUUGAUGACAAAAUGUGGAAAAUUCGUUUACAUGCGUACCAAAGGCUAUUUAGAAGUCGACAAGGAUACUGGGGCGGUAACGAGUUUCGUUUGCAUCAAUAGAGUGGUUGACAAAGUGGAAGGCAAGCAACUUAACAUGGAAAUGAAGAAGAAAUAUAAUAUGUUGGUGAACAAUAGCGAUGAAACACCACCGGAGGAUGAUGAUGAUGACGAUGAUGAUCCAGAGGUUUACGGCUCCCAAGGCCUACCUGUUGAAGAUCCUCGACAAUUGCAGAAAGUUAUCCUACAUUUAGUAACCAACUUACCGUCUCCCAGUCCUGAUACAACUCAAUCAAACUCUCCAUUCCAAGAAGAGCGAUCACCGUAUCGACUUUCUAUAAUACCUCCUAAAAAAGAGAGAAUUUUUCAUGCUAUUGAUAAAAUAUAUAAUGUUAUUGAAUGUUUUAAGUAUAGUUCUGAGUAUUUAAGAUAUAAAAAACUAAAAAUGUCUAAACGUCCACCAAAAAAAGAAAAAUCCGGUCCUGAUAAACCUAAAAAACCUAAAAAAUCACAUUCAGAUUCCACAUCCCGAACAUCAAAUAAUGAACAACCUAAACCAGAUACCUCCACUUCUCAAAAUAUAGAACCACUUAUACCGGAUACUCCCACUUCCCAUAACAUAGAACCAUUCGGCUUUUAUCCUGACCUAAUUCCUGGGACGACAACUGAAAUAUCGCCUCAAGCUGGACCAUCAAGCUUACAGAGGCCUAUCGAUCCUCUUCUACUACGACGACUUUAUGAUAACGAAUCGGAUUACAAAACUGAGAAUCAUGCGCAAGUUUCGAAUACUAUGAAAGAUAGUAUCAAAACUUACGCGCUUAUGAUUCCAGCAAUUGUAAGCCGUAAGUUUUGUAACAGUCCUAGUGAAUUUUUAGAAGAGCAUCGUUACAUCCAACCAUUGAGUCCGACGCCAAACGUUGAUACAAAUAGACAGUCUACAGAUACCAGCACUCUUCUGCAAUCACACGAAGCGCCAUCAGCGAGAAAUAUGGAGGAGUCAAAUAGUUCGGCUCCUAGAGAUCCGGGCAGUGGUAGCACAUCAGAUACAUCGGCGCUUCCUAGCAGUAAUAGAGAUAAUGACUAUCGUACAACGAGUGAUGUUCGUCCAAACAUUCCACCUACGUAUUAUCCAGAUUAUGGGUACCCACAAAAUUGUCCAGAAGAAAUUCAGCCGCCUCCUUCGAGAACACCUGUAUUACCUUCACCUAUACAACCUCCACCUAUGCAACCUCCACCUAUGCAACCUCCACCUAUGCAACCUCCACCUAUGCAACCUCCACCUAUGCAACCUCCACCUAUGCAACCUCAACCUCUACAACCUCUAUCUAUGCAACCUACACCUGUACAAAAUUAUUACAUACCUUCAGAUGUACCAUAUUUACGUAUACCUGCCUCACAUGUCCAAAAUUAUUCUACCUCCCCUUUCCCUGUGCCGAAUUAUCCUAUACCACCAUCACCUUAUCCGAAUUAUGGUGUACCUUCAUUUACACCGAAUUAUCCUAUACCACAUUCACAUAUACCACAUAUCCAAUAUCCAGUCGAUCCCUUUUGGCAACAGGCUUUCCCAACUUAUAUGGGACGCUUUUAUCAAACAGAACCCUGUACUGAAGAACCCGUUGGAAGUUCGUGUGAACAGAAUUAUACCACUGAAACCAUAUCAUUUCCGAGUACCAGUCAAUACCUUGACAGUAUCGAUACUUCGAAAUACUUUCAAGAUAUAAAUAUACCGCAACCCGCGAACACAACGCAAGAAGAAUUAAUGGAAUGCUUAGGAGAUCUUGAUCUAGCUAAUGACGAAUCACUUGACGAUGCCUUCUUAGAUGACUUGAUUCGAAAUCACAUAUCUCAACAUAUAUCCCCUGAUGACUCUACAUUGGAGCAACAAGGUCAACCUUUGUCAGUAUCGGAAGAUCAUUUGAUUCUAUACAUUGGUAUGGAAUUAGUAUUACCAGAAGUACCGGAGAACCCAGGUGAUGAAUUACCUUCGACUUCGAACCGAAAUUUUGGAAAUCCACGCGCUAAUCCCGGAGUACAACCUAAUACCGAAACACCACAAAGAGGUCAAACUAAUCCUGACGAUCUUGGGUACUUUUUCAAAGUAAUAGAUCAGAUAAUAUCACAAUAUAACUCAUCAAGUGAUAAAGAUAAAAAAUAAUUCUUUUUACGACCACCUCAUCAUUGAAGAUCAAGAGAGAUGGUUGUCAUCUUGGUUAUUAACAUGAAAGUCGAAUAAUUUUCUGAUUUGAUCUUAGAUACUUGAUUUUUAUAUUUUUCAUUGAUGUCAUUAUUUCAACUGUUUGUAUCCCAUAGAACAUCAUUGUACGUGUACUCAAAUGAGACAUUUAAAUAGACCUAAUGAAUAUUUUAGAAAUUAAACGUAAAUUUUAAAUUGAGCAUUACUAGUUCCCUAAAUUUAUUGUAUAAUGAAAGCUUGUUUAAAAAAGUACAAUGAAAUAUAUUUAAAAGGAGCCCGUACUAGGCCACCCUGUUCUGACAUCAAUGUUUAAAUGUAAUUUCAAUGAUUUCUCAAUCACUAUUAAUGAAAUGAAAUAUUUUGCUCAUUCUUAAAGCAUUUAGUAACAGUCAAUAUUUGCGUAUUUUGUAUCAUAGCCAUAAACUUAGCCGUUAGCCGUAAGAUAAGACUGGUACGAUCUUCAAUUGUUUUGUAAUUUUUUAAGUUAAUUUAACCAGAAUAUUUGUAACUUUUUUUG